GAAGAAUAAUCAGCGGACAUAUUUAGCGAUAGGUUUUGAAAAUCACAUAUCAUACUAUCUAAUCACGUUAACUCAUUCAUGAAAAUAGAUUUCUCGUCAGACGUAAGAGGCUGAUCAGCUGCCGACUCUUGCAGUAGUAAUGCAAAAUGACGAUCGACUUCCUGCAUUUCAGUACACUGUUGCUUACAUUGGAUAGUCGCUGUUAGUCGACAUCGAGCCCGAGGAGCGAAGAGUAGGUUGAGUUCAGUAGAGAGAUCGUUGUCAUGUGAUUGCAUGGUUGUCUGAGUGAUCUUCCGAAAUGUAUAAUAGAAAUGUAUGUGCAAGUAAUGAAUUCCAGAAAUGUCUGACGAAUGUGUCCUGUAAUAUUUCCUUGGAACUGUCAUGCAGAUAAAAAGAAUCGGCGACUUGUGUUUCACAUUAUUUAAAGGAAGAACAGCGGUGUAGGUGUGUGUUGAACUAGAAUUUGAAGUACGUUUUAAAUACAGACAGAAAAUGGGAUUACUCACUGAAGGCAGCCCAUUGAGCUGGGAGGAAACCAAAAAACUGUCGGAGCAUGUGCGACAGCAUGGUAUUACUCAAUUUAUCAAUCUGUAUCGGCGACUGAAAGACAGGCAAGGAGAUGUCUUGAAAUGGGGUGAUGAGGUGGAAUAUAUUUUAGUAAAAUUUGACGAUGAGAAGAAAAUCGCUCGUGUUUCCUUGCGGGCCAAGGAAAUCCUGGAUGUUCUUCAAGAGAAGGAGGCGAAAAACCCGGAACAAGUGAGGUCGUUGUGGCGGCCGGAGUAUGGAGCAUACAUGAUUGAAGGCACCCCCGGGAAGCCGUACGGAGGCCUGUUGGCCCAUUUCAACGUGGUGGAAGCGAACAUGCGGAACCGGCGGGAUGAAGCCCGGCAGCUGCUGAAGCCGGGCGAGGAUCUCUUGACAAUCACUAGUUUCCCCAGAUUGGGCUGUCCGAAUUUCACUGAGCCUCCUGUCAAGCCAACUCCGGGACAGGGUGCUUCGCAUUCCUUGUUCUUCCCGGAUGAGGCUAUAUUUCCAGGCCAUCCGCGCUUUGCUACUCUCACUCGAAACAUCAGGCAAAGGCGCGGCGAGAAGGUUGCCAUCAACUUACCUGUUUUCAAAGACAAGCGCACGCCAUCUCCAUUCUCUGAGAAGUUGAAUUGUGAGGGAGGUGACUGUGAAGCUGCAAAGCCUGAUCAUCUGGCUCUGACUGCAUCAUCACCAGUACACAGGGGAUAUUUGACUGAUGUUGACUGCCGGUGGAAUGUUAUAUCCUGCUCUGUGGAUUGUCGGACUACUGAAGAACGUGGAGAAGUUCCAUUGCAACAUUGCCGGUUUCACAUUCCCAAGUCUCGUUAUGACUCAAUUGAUUCGUAUUUGUCACCUAGUGGAGAAAAGUUUAACGAUGUACCUCUAGUAUAUGAUAAUGAGGUAUAUCAAAGGUUGCGAGAAGCAGAUAUAGAUCAUUUACUAGCCCAACACAUUGCCCACCUAUUUAUUCGUGAUUCUGUGUCCUUAUUCAGCGAGAAGGUUCAUCAAAAUGAUGAGGAGGAUACUGACCAUUUUGAGAACAUUCAGUCUACAAACUGGCAGACAAUGCGUUUCAAGCCUCCGCCUCCCAAUUCUUUAAUUGGAUGGCGCGUUGAGUUUCGUCCAUGUGAAGUGCAAAUUACAGACUUUGAAAAUGCUGCUCUGGUGUGUUUCGUGGUGCUACUUACACGAGUAAUUUUGUCCUAUCAACUCAACUUUAUUAUUCCUAUUAGCAAGGUGGAUGAAAAUAUGCAAAAGGCACAGAAACGUGAUGCAGUACGUCAGGAAACAUUCUGGUUUCGAAAAGACAUAACAACAUCUGUAUCCCCACCUGUGGCUACAUCACGGUGUCAGUUAAAUGAUGGUGAUGUCUAUGCACCCAUGUCCAUUGAUCAAAUUAUUAAUGGGAAGGACGGUGAAUUUCCUGGACUUGUUCCUCUCAUUAAUAGUUACCUGAGUAGUAUGGAUGUAGAUGCAGAUACACACUGUACCAUUCAACAGUACUUGAAGCUUAUCCAAAAGAGAGCAUCUGGAGAUCUCUUGACAACUGCCUCAUGGAUACGUCAGUUUAUUCACAACCAUCCUGAGUACAAAUUUGAUUCUGUUGUAUCUGACCACAUUAAUUAUGAUCUACUGAAAGCUGUGCAACGCAUCCAGUCUGGGGAGCAACCAUGUCCAGAGCUCCUGGGCUGCUGUAUCCAGUCCAAAACUCAAGAGAAAGUGCCUGCUGCUCUUGAGAAAGCUGAAAGUUGCAAUGGAGAGUUGUGACUGAUGAUGCCUGCAUAGGUCUCCAAGAGGAGUACAAAUUGGCUCCAAACAAUUUUUGUGAUGAUUGUUCUUGUGGUUGAACAUUUUAUAAAUGUGCCUAUGUUUUUAGUUUCUUGCACUCUGCUAAUAUAUGCUAGCAAAAGACUUGUUGGUUUCUCUGGGCACUGUUCUCAAUAUUUUUCCAUAUGUAGAACUGUUGGGUAGAUUGAUGAUGUUGUAGCCUUAGAGAACAAACAUUUCUCAAAUGAUGUAACCUUUAUUACUAACUGAUUCAGAAUUUGUCAGUGGAUACACAAGACUAUUUGAAAUGAAAUGUUAUAAUGUUAUUAAUCUUAAAAAAUGUAUAUCUUUAAUUCAACACGAAAUGUUGCAUAUUUGUGUGUUUUAUUCAGUUCCCUCUCAUUUAUUAUUUUUUUAUUUGUAUUUAAUUUGUGCUGCUACAGCCAGCAAUAUCAUUGAUAAUGCCUGAAUCUCAGGGAACAAUGUAUGCACACCACCAUUGUAUUUGUGGCUGCCAUCAUUUUCUAAGUUUGUUGUUGAAAUAUAAUUAUUGAAUUUGUCAGAAGCAGCAGCAUAACUUGAAAAAAAUUUCACAAGGGCAUCUUGUCAAUAAAAAAAAUUAACAAAGCUGUACCCAAAAUUUUGCCGAUAUUACACUUGCUUUUCCUCCAAUUUUGUGUUCCAGACUACAUCUAUAACAAACUUUAUUGCAUUACUCUGCCGUUUGUUACCAAACUUUAAACAGUUCUUGGUCAGAAACCAGAAGGCCGAGUGACACAUAAAUGUUAAUAUCUGUUUUGGCUAUCAGGCGUAGGACUACCUGAUCAUUUAGCCUUGUUUCUUAAAUGUAAAUCUAAUAUCAAAAACAUUGUCGAAUUAACACUUUUUUAAAAUUCAGGAGAAAGAAAAUCAGUUUUGAGAAAAUUUGUAAACGGGUCCAUACACCUACUGUUCAUAUAGUAGAUAAAAUACAAUUUUUGAAGUAAUCAAACUUAGCAAAAACAAAAAAGGCAGAUGAAAUUUGUAAAGACAUUUCAUAGCUUUCCUGUUUCUGGUGAGAGCAUAUCACUAACUGCCCCAUAGAUGAAUGUACUAAGGUAAAGAUAACCUUAAAAGUUUUGAAAU